AUGGGGCUGGUGAGGCUGAAAAGCCUGACGGACUACUGGAAAACAUCAUCUCUGUACCAACUGCCUUUCCCCAUGACUGUCAUGUCCUGCAAAAGGUUUCUGGUUAUCUCACAGGUGCUUAAUAUCAGUGACCCAAAGGUUGAUGAAGAGAAUGAGAAGAAGAGGGGCACCGCAGCGUUUGAUAGACUGUGCAAAAUCAAACCUCUCUACCACAGCAUUGUCGAGGCCUGCAAGACGUACUUUCAGCCAGCCCAGAAUGUGUCAAUCGACGAGAGGAUGGUGGCCUCAAAGGCCAGAAUUGGACUCAAACAGUACAUGAGAAACAAACCAACCAAGUGGGGUUACAAGCUGUUUGUGUUGGCUGAUUCUGUGUGUGCCUACACAUGCAAUUUCUUUGUCUACGAGGGGAAGAACAGUUGUGCGACCGGUAAGGGACUCAGCUAUGACUCUGUAAUGGCGUUAUUGGAUUUUCAACUGCUGGGGAAGGGCUACAAACUGUUUGUGGAUAACUUCUACACAAGCCCUGCCCUGUUUACAGACCUUAGGAAGCUGGGGGUGUGGGCUUGUGGCACCAUUCGUACCAACAGGGUGGGCUUCCCGAAGACGAAGGUGGACGACAUGCCUAAGCGGGCUGAACGGGGGAGCAUACGAUGGAUCUGUGAAGAUGGCCUGCUGUUAGUAAAGUGGAUGGACGCCAGAGAGGUGGUGAUGUCCUUCAGUGGAGAUGGCCUGCUGUUUGUGAAGUGGAUGGAUACCAGAGAGGUGGUCAUGUGCUCCAGUGGAGAUGGCCUGCUUGGAGAUGGCCUGCUGUUUGUGAAGUGGAUGGACACCAGAGAGGUGGUGAUGUGCUCCAGUGGAGAUGGCCUGCUGUUUGUGAAGUGGAUGGACACCAGAGAGGUGGUGAUGUGCUCCAGUGGAGAUGGCCUGCUGUUUGUGAAGUGGAUGGACGCCAGAGAGGUGGUGAUGUGCUCCAGUGGAGAUGGCCUGCUGUUUGUGAAGUGGAUGGACACCAGAGAGGUGGUCAUGUCCUCCAGUGGAGAUGGCCUGCUGUUUGUGAAGUGGAUGGAUGCCAGAGACGUGGUGAUGUGCUCCAGUGGAGAUGGCCUGCUGUUUGUGAAGUGGAUGGAUGCCAGAGAGGUGGUCAUGUCCUUCAGUGGAGAUGGCCUGCUGUUUGUGAAGUGGAUGGAUACCAGAGAGGUGGUGAUGUGCUCCAGUGGAGAUGGCCUGCUGUUUGUGAAGUGGAUGGAUACCAGAGAGGUGGUGAUGUGCUCCAGUGGAGAUGGCCUGCUGAUUGUGAAGUGGAUGGACACCAGAGAGGUGGUGAUGUGCUCCACUAUCCACAAGUCCUUCAGUGGGGAUCAUGUUGUCAGGCGUGUGAAGGAUGGUGCCGGGGCUUGGACCACCAAAAAUAUCCCCAUUCCAGCUGCUGUGAAGGACUACAACAAGAACAUGGGAGGAGUGGACCUGUCAGACGCGCUAAUAGGCUACUACAAUGUUCUCCAUAAGACGAUGAAAUGGUACAAGACCUUCUUCUAUCAUUUCAUCGACAUCGCCGUGGUGAAUGCGUUCAUCCUACACAAGGAAAUGGCGAAGACCUGUGGAAAGCCCUUCCUCUCACAGAAAGCCUUCAGAGAGCAGCUCAUCAGGGAGCUUGCUGGCUACAACACCACUGCACCAAGCCCUGUCCCUUCUGCUCCAGCCACAAGUGUUCAUCUACCCAAAUAUAUUUGUGCGGGCAUGGAUGUGCCUAAGGGCCAAAAGGGCACAGCAUGGAGGCGUUGCUGUGUUGUGUGCAAGAUGAAGUCUCCCAUCACAUGCUCAGUGACCCUCUGCUUUACAUCAGAGAGAGACUGCUAUGGCAUCUGGCAUCAGCAGCAGAAUAUUGUGUAGAGCUUUGGUAAAGUUGGUGGGGUUAUAUGGCAAAGUGGGUGGGGGCUAGGGUCAGUAUGUUAUAUCUGGAGUACUUUUCCUGUCUUAUCUGGUGUCUUGUGUGAAUUUAAGUCUGCUCUCUCUUUCUCUCCUCUCUCUCGGAGGACCUGAGCCCUUGGACCAUGCGUCAGGACUACCUGGCAUGAUGACUCCUUGCUGUCCCCAGUCCACCUGGCCGUGCUGCUGCUCCAGUUUCAACUGUUCUGCCUGCGGCUAUGGAAUCCUAAACUGUUCAUUUUUACUCUUGAGGUGCUGUCCUGUUGCACCCUCUACAGCCACUGUGAUCUCUACCCGGCACAGCCAGAAGAGGACUGGCCACCCCUCAUAGCCUGGUUCCUCUCUAGGUUUCUUCCUAGGUUUUGGCCUUUCUAGGGAGUUUUUCCUAGCCACCGUGCUUCUACACCUGCAUUGCUUGCUGUUUGGGGUUUUAGGCUGGGGCUAUAUAAAUAAUUUGAUUUGAUAGAGGACUGAGGGUCUUCCAAAUAUUGAAAGUGUGUAAAUAGUUACCCAUGUUAUUUUGUAAAUGGUUUUUAUUUUUUAUAUUUUUCUCAAUUUUUUGGGGGGGGGUGGGUGUGUUAGAAUACCAUUUUGGUAUUUUGUAUAUAGUUAUUUGUUUCAAAAUGUAUACCUUCACAAAUUUGGCCACUUGGGUAUCUGAAUGUUUGUUUUAUCUUGUUCAUUC